UUACACUUGUCCUUCUCCACAACACCAGUGAUUUUCUCCUGAGAGGACCCGACACCCGACACGACGCAAGUCGGAUCAAGUACAGGUUUUAAUUGACUUGUCUGACAUUACACUCGGUGUUGUUUGUCUGUCUGAACCUAAUUAGUGUUGUAUGAAGUCACGCGCGCUCCUGAAAGCCGGCUGCAGAUACGUGGUCUGUUACGACAUCGCGGUGACGUCACGGUGAGACAGAACGCAGCACCAUGCUGAGUAUAAAAUCCUCCUGUGGACACCUUUGUUAUGAUUCCUCUCAUGAGACACCAAGCUGAGGAGAGGGGGAGCAGAUUCAUUUCGUUAUAAUGGCCAUCAUCUCAUUUCUUCUGCUAGUAAUGGUCCUAAUAGCCUUUCCACUCUCCUCCAGUGGUGGAAAAUGGACAUAUGAUGGGCCUGAUGGAGAGCACCACUGGUCUAGGAAUUACCCAUACUGUGGAGGGGCAUUCCAGUCUCCUAUAAACUUCCAGCCGGAGCUGCUGAGAUUUGAUCCAAACCUGCUUCCCAUUCAGCUGCAGGACUACAACCUGUCUAACAAAGAGCAGCUCACCCUCAGCAACAAUGGACACUCUGUGCUGCUGUCUCUGCCGUCCCGGAUGCAUCUCGCUGGUCUUUCUCAUCGCUACUCAGCAGCGCAGCUUCACUUCCACUGGGGUUCCUCCAACACGCCAUCUGGCUCUGAACACACCGUCAACGGCAAGCAGUUUGCUGCUGAGAUGCAUUUGGUUCAUUUUAAUUCUGCCAAAUAUCCCAACAUCUCCACUGCACUGGACAAGUCGGAUGGUCUUGCUGUUCUGGGUGUUUUUAUCGAGGUCGGAGAGCACAAUCCUGCUUUCGACCGGUUCCUCAAAUAUGUCAAUGGCAUUAAAUAUAACGGUCAGAAAGUUCAGGUAGCAGGCUUUAAUGUACGGGAGCUGCUUCCUGCCCGUCUGGACGAAUAUUACCGUUACGAUGGCUCUCUUACUACCCCCCCCUGCUUCCCCAGCGUGCUCUGGACGGUGUUCAGGAAUCCAGUCAGCAUCUCUCUCAGACAGUACCUGGCAUUAGCCAGUGCUCUGUUCUCUUCUCAUGCUCAAGAGGCAGCCCCAAUGCCUCUGCUUGGGAACUACCGUAAAACCCAGUUAAUGGACAACAGAGUGGUUCUGGUCUCCUUCCAGCAGGGCUGGGGGCUGCAUGGAACCACAUCGGUGGCAUCUCCCAUGCAGAGGAGGCUGGUCAUCCAACAUCUACUGAAUGGAGACCUUGCAGAUCUUGCAGAUGGAGAACUACAUCAUCUUUUGCCAAAACUCCAAAGAAAACCUUGGGCUGUUAAAAAGUUGAAGAACAAUCCAAAGCAACAGCACUUGGGCCAAGUCACUGAGAAACAUCAGAAGAACAAGGGGGUCGAUACAACUAUCAAUGAUGAUGCCUUGUGUUUUAUAAACCUGGAAAAAAAUGUAUCUGUUUGGCUCAGCAGGCAUCACCCAAAUACUCAGAUGACCCAAGCUCUGAGAAAAGCCGUGUUUCCAGACUUGAACCUGAAGAGCUACUUAAACUGCAGGUCUGAUUUGGAUCUGCAAACAAUCAGACACCUUCUUCGUUCCAGACCCAGUGAUGAGGCAAACGAGCUGGAUCAGGCCCUGACCAAAGUCAGAGAGGGGCAUAAGCAGAGGCCCAUGACACAGUAUCAGGGCUCAGCACUGACCAAGCUAACAGGGCAGACCCAAGCUGCAGGCCUGAAGAAUAGCCACAACAUGGUGCCCACUAAUCACAGACUGCAGCCUAUGGAGUGGGAGGAUUAAAACUCCACUGAGGCCAUAAACACAGGCUGUAGUGCACAUUAUAAUAGUUAUCAAAGACCUUCUAUCACGCAGGCUCUGAACAUUUAGUUCUUAAAAACCGCUGUUAACUUAACCAGGCUUUUAGUAGUACUUUAUGUUGCACUGGGUUUAUGGGCUCAGGAGGUGCAUUUUACUUUUACACAUAGAGGUGGUGAAAACUACAAAUGGCAGAAUGAGUGAUGUUUAUGUGACACUCGAUGCAUAGACAUUUAUACUUAUACCUGUACAGGCGUGGUUUGGCAUUUAACACAAAUCCGAACAAUUGUCUUUACAAAUUUGUGUGAUGUUGAUAUGAGUAAUAUGUUCAGGUAUUACUAGGAAGUGCAAAUCACAUACGACUAAUCAGCACAUCAACAUCAGUGUAUCAUAUAAUAUUCACAGAAUAUGACUCUUUCCUGGCAAGAAGAUAUUUUUGUAUUUUAUUGGUUUAGGUUGUAUUUGUGUCACAGUAAUGACAUAGUAAAGCAAUUACAGACAUACAAAGUGGAAAAUGGUAGCAAAUGAUGAAAAAUUACGGUGUUUAACGACAUAAACAUUCCCGUGUUUAUUGGAAGUGUGUCAGACAGCUUUAGCUGUGUGUUUACACCGAAGAGAGAGGAUAAAGGGGAGGACCUUUUUGUGGCUUCUGAAUGAAGCAUCUUGAUCAUGAUAUAUGGAAGAAAAUAAAAAUAAAGCACUUA